AUGUCGUCGCCACCUAUUUUCAAUCUUGGUAGUGCACAAAAUACACCUGAGAAAAGAGGAAGGAAGAAAAAGCUUGUGAAACAACUUUCUAUCAGUGAUGAUGCUUCUACUACAAUACAAGGUCCUUCAAGUACUCUAAGCGCUGAUCGUGCCAAGGAAAUACUGCAGGAGCGUGACAAUCUCAAUAAUGGUCUCAUCUCAGCAGACGAACAUCACAGGGAGGCCAGUCGUAGUCCUCGGAGGAGAACGUUUUCUGAGAAGACACUUUCACAUUUUCUGAAAGAGGAUGAGGAACUAUUCAAACAAGCUUUGGAUGCAGAAGACUCCCUUUUAUCGGUUAAGGAAGAAACAGAAAAACAAGUCAAGGAGCAAUGGAUCAAUCUUGGGGGAGGAACAGACAUAAGGGUUCUCUAUCCUACUCCCUAUCCAGAGAGUAUAAAAAAUGCCCCAUUAUUUUUCGUAUGCCCAUUUUGUAUGAAGCCGAUCAGCGAGGAACAUUCUUUUUUUGUGCAUCAGGUUGGUUGCCUCUUUAAAUCUCUCUUUUAUUCUUAUAGCCUAUAUUGUCUUUUCUAACC